GGAAGCUUUCCUUUCUCUUUUGCAGCAGAGUGAGGGAGGAGCGGGCCGGCCGGGGAGAGGGGCUUUCCGCUUUGCUUGCUCCCUCUUUCUCCCCUCCCUCUCUCUCUUUCCAGCCUUAUUAUUGAUUGAAGAGCGCGCGCGGCGAGAAAGAGAGAGCGAGAGAGCCCACCCGCACCGCGUCUCCCUUCCUUUCUCCUCCUCGCUAAGCAACUCAUCAGCUCAACUCACAUCAUCCGGUCCGGGGUCGGAGCCAAGCACUAGUGCCACCCACACCACCACUAGUUAAACCAGCAGCCUUCUUCAGCCGGUGGGAGGGAAGCCAACUAGCCAAGCGAGUGAGUGCGCGGCCACAAGGUACGAGGAAGCGGGCACAAGGGACAAGAAGAGCUCGAUCGACCACACGGCCGGAGCGGCGAUGGCAGGGCCGAGCAUGCCGCAGCCUCUGCUUGCUGCUCUCCUCCUCCUGGGGCUCUUGCUGCUCGUCCAUGUCCCGUAUGCUGCGCCGCAGUCCUUCAUCGGCAUCAACUACGGCGACAUCGCCGACAACCUGCCGCCGCCGGCGUCGACGGCGCGGCUCCUCAAGUCCACCACCAUCGGCAAGGUGCGCCUCUACAGGACCGACCCAGCCGUGGUGGCCGCCUUCGCCGGGACCAGCAUCUCCCUGCUCCUCGGCGCCGCCAACGCCGACAUCCCCUCCUUCGCGUCCUCGCCGUCGGCCGCGGCCGCCUGGGUCGCCGCGCACCUCCCGUCCUCCUCGUCGCCCGCCGUCAACGGCAUCUCCGUCGGCAACGAGGUGCUCUACUCGGGCGACGCCGCGCUCAUCUCGCAGCUGGUCCCGGCGCUGCAGAACAUCUACGACGCGCUGCCGGCCAACUCCGGCAUCAAGGUGUCCACCGUGAACGCCAUGGACGUGCUGGCGUCGUCGGACCCGCCGUCCUCCGGCGCGUUCAAGCCGGAGCUGUCCGCCGCGUUGGACCCGCUGCUGGCCUUCCUCAGCAAGACCGGCUCGCCGUUCCUGGUGAACCCGUACCCCUACUUCGCGUACCAGGACGACCCGCGGCCGGACACGCUGGCCUUCUGCCUCUUCCAGCCCAACGCCGGGCGGCCGGACGCCGGGUCCGGGCUCACCUACACCAGCAUGUUCGACGCGCAGGUGGACGCCGUGCGCGCCGCGCUGGACGCCAAGGGGUACAAGGACGUGGAGGUGGUGGUGGCCGAGACCGGGUGGCCGCACAGAGGCGGCGCCGACGAGGCCGGCGCCUCCGUGGAGAACGCGCGCGCCUUCGUCUCCAACCUCGUCUCCCACCUCCGGUCCAUGGUCGGCACGCCGCGGAUGCCCGGCAAGUCCGUCGACACCUACCUCUUCGCCGUGUACGACGAGGACCUCAAGCCCGGGAAGGCGUCGGAGAAGUCCUUCGGGCUGUUCCAGACCACGCUCACCGAGACGUACCCGACGGGGCUGAUGAGGAACGGCACCGCGGGCCUGGCGCCGGCUCCGGCACCGACCUUGCGGCCGGCGAGCCCCCCGCCGGCGAUACCGCAGGUGACUCCGGUGCAGCCACAGCCAAGCGCGUCGGCAGCGGCGACGGCGCCGCCUCGUCAUGCUCGUAGUGCUGCUGAAUCGCCUCGCGCCGUGCCGGCGCUCCAUGUGUUUGCUUGUUUCUUGUUCAUGUCUCUGUUGAUCUGACCUUUUCCAUUUAUGUCUGCGAUCUCUGGAGUGUGUGUUGAGGCAAGCAACUUGUGUUCUUCUGUUAUGUGGUUUUGCAUUGUCAAUAGUGCAACUCAGAUACGAUGUGAACAAAUGUAUUUGUUGGCGUAUGGACACACUGACAGUCAUCAUAUCAUAAAAAGAAUGAUCAGACGAAGCA